UGUCGAUCGUGAGCAUAAGAUUCAUGUGAUUGGUCCGCGUUUUUUGGUGCACUAAAAUCCUGGGUUGAGAAUGUCUUCCUGUUUUGUCGUAAUGGCGGACAAUGAUCCGUUUUGAGAGUGUAUUCGAAAAAGAAAAUCGCAGUCGUCUUGUAAAGGGUUACGAUGCUUCGUUCGGAGGAGCAGUAGUAAGAAAAAAAAUAAUUUCAACAUGACUAACUCGCACGGUGUGGUACAGGCGGUGCUCACGUAUUCCUGACUUGGGCGCCAAUGUUAACAGCCCCGAGCGUCUGCAAGUGGCCCAGAAACGUCGCGGCGAGUUCUGGCUUGCACCGUAUCGACAUAGGGUGGGAAUGCUGAACGUCUCACCUGGAUACCACCUGACGUAAAUGGUGCUCCGUGCAACGACGGGUCAUCAGUAUCGGUGGCCGGAGGCCCGGGGCAAAGCGUGAGCCCCGGCCCAGCGGCAUGAUGAAUGGCGAGGGCCCCAGCGUGCCCAUCACUACGCUCGCCGGCAUCCAGAGCAUCACUGAGCUGCUCUUGGAGUUGCCCCUGCCGUCUGCUCUGCCUGGAGCAGGCCCAGCUCGAUCGCUGCUGCCAGCUGCUCAGGCUGAGGAAGCCCGACGGGCACUGGCCAGUGAUGCCCGUCUCCUGCCCCCUCUGGUGGACGCCUUGGCCCAAGUCAGCGCCGACCAUGUGGAACUCAAGGAUGGUGGGGAUGGUGCCUUGCCACCCCAGGGCUGCUCCCCACUUUUGCAACUGCUGGUGGCACGAGGACUGUUCAAGGGGCCACCGCCUUGGCAGCAGCAGCAGCCGGGUUACAGCCCUGCUCAGCUGUGCUCACCUGCCGAAGGUCUGGAUGGGAGCCCAGGCUUCUUCCCGCCCACCCCGUUCACACCGCACCCGCCACUGCAUGACCACUCAGUGGCUGGCAUCCUGGAUGGGACACCUUUCUCGCCCCAAGUGCCCAAGCAGCCACCAAGCCAAAACUUCUACUCCAACGGAAACUGUGUGACCCCGUGUGACAAGCGGACAGAGUCUCCUGUGGUGCACACCACGGUGCAGCAGCAGGCGCCACCGCCGCAGCCGCAGCAGCCGCCGCAGCAGCCGCCGCAGCAGUGCCCUGUGCCGCCAGUGCCAGUGUGCCCUGUGCCCGUGCCAUGUGCUGGUGGUAGUGGCAGUGCUAGUGCUGGUGGUAGUGUGGGAGUGCAAAAUGCCGUGCCGCCCUCGCCUGUGUGUCCACCUGUGGAACGUGCAAACAGUGUUCCUGUUGUGAGCCCACCCAGACAUGAGGUGUCUAAGGAGCCUCCGAAAGAGUGUGUGGUCAACAAUGUUGAAAGUAGUAGACCCAAAGCUACCCGAAAGUCUGCGCAAGCUUCACCGGCCAAGCAGAGUGUGCAGGAAGCCACACCAAAGACUGCACAUGCAUCAAACAGAAGCAAGGUUGUGAGAAACUCUGUGCGCGAGAACAGCCGAAUUCAGUCAUCUGAUGAUGACGAUGACGGUUCACAUGUAGUGGCUCGAAAGCGACCUGCACGAAAGCAGAGGGAGAGCAUUGAUGGCAAGACAGCGAAAGGAAAUGAUCGACGCAAUUGCCACCGACCGUUGCCAACUAAGGAGACGUCGAGCAUGGACAUGUACGCCAGUUCAUUGAGUGAGCGAGUGAAGAACAGGCGCAGGACCCACCAAAAGGCCAAGUAUGCAGAGUCUCCAGUGCAGUCGCACCACAGUGAGAGUGAGCACUCUGCAUUUGAACCUGACGAAGAGCCAAGUCGAGUUGCUCCACAACCCCAGCCUGUUCGGGAAAAACCGAAGGUAAAGCCCAAGAAGAUCAGAAAGGAACCUGUCCCCGCACCACUUUCUGCAGAGGAGCUAAUGGAGAGCAAUACGUAUCAACGCUUCUCACGCACUGUUGAAGCCAUCUUUGACUCCAUGGAAGAUCUCGACUUGACCCAAGAGCUGGAUGAUGAGGUUGAAUGCCCUCCAGAAGCACUAGUGUCCGCUUCAUCUUUGCGUCAGCUGUGCAAUGAAGCGGCCAAGCUAAAAAUUUUGCAAGCUACAAACCAAGUGCCACCAGAGCGUCUUGUCCGCUUGCUUUCUAUACUGGAACGGAAUGUAGUGGAUGGUGCUAAGCUCUGUCCUGUGGACCAGGACCAGGAAGAAGAGGAUGACGAAGGCCGCCUUUAUGCUGAGCUGACCAUGGAACGCAUUACACGAUCUGCAGAUGCUUCCUUAACUGCCCUGUACAUAAUGACUUCAGCCAGCAUGCCUAAGCGGGUCUUUUUGGAGGAUUUGAUUGAGCGCAUUGUCGUCUUUGCUAAGUUUCAAAUUCAAAACACCAUCUACCCAUUGUUCGACCCAGUUUACAGGGUGGACACUCGUGGAAAGGAGGGCUGCAAUGCGAGGCAGAAGCGGGCCCAUGCUGCCCAGAAAGUGAAAGAUCGUUCCGUGGUCCAGCUUUACAACAAGCUUCAUGAAUUGGUGGGGCUGCUCGCAGAACUGUUGGGCUUGCAGACGUUGACCGACACCUUGAUCCUCCAGGUGUCCACGUUGGGUGUUGGUCCAUUUUUUGUUGAAGGUGUCAGUGAGCUUCAGCUACAUGCUCUGCGCUUGGUAACCACAAUCUUCGCUCAUUAUGAGAAGCACCGGCAGCUCAUUUUAGAGGACAUCUUGGCUUCCAUCGCACGCCUGCCCACAAGCAAGCGAAGCUUGCGCAACUAUCGCCUAAACUCUGAAGAGUACAUACAGAUGCUGACAGCCCUUGUUCUUCAGCUGAUCCACAGUGUUGUCAGACUUCCAGAAGGAUCUCCUGCGCCAAGAGACUUGGCAGAAACCAGUAAAGACAAAACAGCAGAGGGGAAAGACAAAACGACAGCAGUAGAUGCAGAUGUCUUGAUUGUAACGUCUUAUGACGCAGCUGUCCACACUGCUGCCAAUUUUCUGUCUGUGUUUCUACGUAAAUGUGGCACGAAAAAUGAGGAUAUGGACUAUAGGCCAGUGUUUGAGAAUUUUGUCCAGGACCUGUUGACCACAGUCAACAAGCCUGAGUGGCCUGCGUCAGAGCUGAUCUUAAGCCUUCUGGGGCGACUGCUUGUUCAGAACUUCAGCAACAAAUCGCUGGACAUGUCGCUGCGUGUAGCCUCACUUGAUUACCUCGGAGUGGUUGCUGCUCGACUGCGUAAAGAUGCUGUGAACAGCCAGAUAAAAAAGGAAACUGUGAAGGACAUUCUCCGUCAGAUUGAGGAGGAUGAGGAAGAGGAUUUGCCUCUGACAAGCCUUUCCAAAGGUGCACGGCCAAUGGAUGAGACUCAGCUGUUGCAGAGGGCCCUCCUUCACUACCUUGAUGCCAACCUCGACAGUGACCCGUCACUGCAGUUCUCAAGACGCUUCUAUGUGGCACAGUGGUAUAGGGAUGCUAUGGCUGAGGCUAAAGCUGAGAAGAAUCAUGGUGAUGAAGAAAAAGAAAGCACUAAGUCGCCAAGCAAAGCCAAUAGCCGUACAAGCAGAGGCAAGGCAAGCAGGCGAAAUUGUGAGCCAGAGGAUGAUGACGAAGAAGAUGAAAAGAAGCCCGCUGUGCGAAAUGAAGAGCAGCAAGCCAAGCUUGUUGCCAUGGUAGAAGAGCGGAAAAAGUUUCUUCUGCACUUGGCAAAGCCUCAGGACUCUGGUAGUGGCCUAAAAUCUGAGCAAGGCACAUUGGACUAUGCCACUGCAGAGCUCAUCUCGCGUUUUUUGGCAUCCCGACGACCGUUCUCGCAGAGUUUUGAUGUGUACCUUACUCAGAUUCUGCGAGUACUCAGUGAAUCCGCAGUUGCUGUGCGUACCAAAGCCAUGAAGUGUCUCACACUUGUGGUUGAGGCAGAUCCAUCGAUUCUGGGCCGGCCAGACAUGCGUCAAGGGGUGCAUGGGCGCCUCCUUGAUCAUUCAACAAGUGUCCGUGAAGCAGCUGUGGACUUGGUUGGGAAGUUCAUCCUGGUACGACCAGAGCUGACGCACAAGUACUAUGACAUGCUAACAGAACGAAUUUUAGACACAGGUGUAAGUGUGCGUAAACGAGUCAUCAAAAUCCUCAAGGAUGUGUGCCUUGAACAGCCAGAGUUUGAGAAAAUUCCAGAAAUAUGUGUGAAGAUCAUUGGUCGUGUCAAUGACGAGGAGGGCAUCAAGAAGCUAGUUGGAGAAGUGUUCCAGAGCAUGUGGUUUACACCUCAGAAUAGUGAAGAGAGGCUUCUACAAAAGGUGCGCCACAUCACUCAUGUUGUAGUUGCGUGUCGUGAGAUGGGACUUGACUUGUUUGAACAACUGCUCAGUGGCCUCCUGAAGGACCGCGAAGAUGGGCAACGCCGAGGUGUAUUGGAGUCGUGCCGGCAGAUUGUGGACUGCCUGGUGGAACGGCUACUACGACUUGAAGAAGGUGCUGAAUCGUCACAGCACUUGGUAGCCUGUCUUGGUACCUUAUAUUUGUUCAGCCGCAUUCAACCGCAGCUCCUAGUGCGCCAUGCACACACCAUCCAGCCAUACCUAAGUAUGCGUGUAUCAGGGCCACAGGACUAUCAGGUGCUGCAGCAUGUCACUCGUUGUCUCGAGCUGGUGGUGCCUUUGAUGGAGCACCCAAGCGAAUCAUUUCUAGCACAAAUUGAAGAAGACCUGGCCAAACAGCUUAUUCGCAAUGCCAUGGCCAUCCUUCCAGCCAGUGUAAGCUGCCUCAGUGCAGUAGUGAACCGUGUGACACACAACUACCCAUUGGUGCGUGAUAUGUUUCACAAGUUUUUUAUGCUGUUGUGUUUGGUGCGGCGGCAGCAUCGGGCCGGUCGCAACUACUGUCGCCCGAGUCUCCAACGUUGUGUCUACACACUGGGCCUGCUGUGCCGGCACUUUGACUUCGAACACUUAGAGCCUGCACCAGACAGCACUGCAGAGUCUGUCACUGCUGAAGAUGCUGACCAGCCUCUAAAGCAUAGGGUCUUCGCAGCCAUGAUGUACUUCACAGAACAUGAAGAUGAGGAUAUUCGGCAGCGUGCACUGACAGGCAUUGGCUUCAUGCUUGUGCGCCAGUAUGAUUUGAUGCUAGGGCCCGAAAUCAAGGAGCUGUACAAGCACCUGCUGGCCAGUCCCCUGGCAUCUGCAGCAGCAAGGGUGCAAGUGCUCAAGAACCUGACAGCUUAUCUGAUGGAAGAAGAAGCCAAGAUGAUUCGUAGAGAUGCAGAGUGGAGCAAGUUAUCCAAAGGGGAGAACUUGAAGGAGAUGGGUGAUGUGUCCUCCGGAAUGGCCAGCACAGUUGUGCAGGUCUACCUUAAGGAUAUCCUGGCAGCAGCUGCUCACCCGGACCAGGUCGUCCGUCGUGCUGCAUUGCAGGUGUUGCAGCUCGUGUUGGGGCAGGGCCUAGUGCACCCUGUGCAGAUGGUCCCACACCUUGCCUGCCUCGGCUCUGACGAUGAUAAGCUGCUGCGUACCAAGGCAGACCAGUUGCUGCAAGACUUGGAGAAGAAAUACCCGGGCUUUGUUCAGAUGAAAGCCCUGGCAGGCAUGCGCCUCUCGUUUGAAAUGCACCGAACUUCCCAGCUGGGCUCUCUCGUACGUGGGUACCGAUGCCCAGAUGCCCCUGUCAGCCGCAACGGCUUCCUCUACUCCGUGCUUCGAUCAACCAGGCAGAGCAGACGUGCCUUCUUGCUGGCUCUGCUUAAGCUCUUUGAUGAACAGGCAAGGGUGCCUCUGGCAGAGCUGCUUUAUGUGGCUGACAAUAUUGUGUACUUCCCAUAUCAAGUGCAGGAUGAGCCACUGUUUGUCAUGCAUCACAUUGAUGUCUUGCUGUCCGUGUCAGGCUCUAACCUGUUGCAAAGCUUUCGUGAAGCAUUGUUGCCACGCGAGGGAGCCACUCGGACAGAAGAUGAAGACGAGGAAGAUGAUGACCUGGAUGCUCUCAUAGCAAGGCUGCCAAGAGAUCUGGAACCUCUCCAGGAAAGCAUGCAAGCAGCACAAGGCUGCAUCUUGCUUCUCUUUGUAAAGCAAACUCUAAAGGAUACGUAUGGUUUUACAGACAGCCGCAUUCAGCAGUAUUCUCCCAACGAAGCUGCCAAAACGUACGAGAAGGCCCUCAACCGGCGUUCGGGGGUUCGGUUCAAUCCAGAGCCGACGGUGCAGUUUUUGAAAUCUGGGGACGAAGAACAGACCACUGGAGAAGAGCUCUGCCGCCGCUACCUCGAUUUCAAGCAGCUGAUGCUGACCAUCGACCCAGACGACGAUGAUGACGACCAGGAUGCGGGACAGCCCCGACCUGCAGCAGCUGUUGCAGCCACUGCACCCUCUUCAACCACAGAAAACGGUGCUGCUCCAAAUGCUGCUAGCACCACAACAGCUACGGCCACCCCCACCACGACAGCGCUGCCCACAGUCGCCGUGGCCACUUCAGUGCCACGGCAACGGUUGUCAACGGCUGCCGUGACCCAUCGUGGCCGCCCUCCAGGUCGGACUUCUAAAGGUGCUGCCGCAGUGAGUGACAAGGCAAAGAAAAAGCCUCGCAAAAAGCGGAAGCGGGUCAUCUGCUCCGACGGGUCGAGUGACAAUGAGGACAGUGAUCCGUCUUUCUGUGGUGAUUGACUGUGUGCACGUGGUGGCUGUACCGGACUGGUAUACGUGCUUUUGUAAAAUGGGGCCUUGUACAGUUUUUGGGAAGGGUCGUGAAGUCUAUUUUGUAGGGUGCAAACAAUGGCAGAGGCGGGAGACUAAAAAGACAAUUGCUCUCGUCAUUCUCUCCGGUGCAUUGUUUUUCUCCGCGGGACCAUCACCACAUGCCGCGAUCUCUCCUCUCAUCUGCGUCCUUGCCUCGGGUGGUGUCUGCAGCAGUCGGUCUUGCUCUCCUAACUUAUUUAUUGUAGACAGUCAUUUCAAGUUUUACUUUCAUGUGGCGUCUGGCUGUUGAGCCCUCACAGGCCAAGUUGCUUGCACACUCUCACCUCCUGAUCUGUACAUUGGCAACUCAUCCUCCACUGUCAUCUGCAAAGGCGACCGUGUACAUAGGACGUGUGUGUCUCCCUUGCUUCCUUAAUUCGCGUCCCACAUUCUUUUGUAGAGCAUCAAAAGCUAACAUGUUUGCAAACAAAAUAUAAUGUACAGGUUUACGAAGGUGAUGAAAGCAACCAUCUUUUCAGCAGUUCACCUAGUUCAUUUCUUGUCUCACGUUCAGUUCAGUAUUGAAAAAGCUGUUCUAACUACUGCUAAGAAGCUUGUUAUAAAUAUUUCUAAAAUGAAACGCCCACACUGGCUUCAACAAAAUGCAGACAACUGGAGUUUCUUUAAGGUAAUUGAGACUGCAGCUUUCCUUGUUUUUUCCCAUUUAAAAGAAAGUUGACUUAUUUAUAUUUUUUUUCUAUGUAUAUGACUUCAUGUCUACCAUUAAAAAGGCACUAUUUGACAUA